UCCAUUCAGUAGAUCCACACAUGUGUACAUAUAUAUAGAUAUAGAUUGAAAACUACAAGAGCUGCAACAGAAAAAUUUGUUAAUUAAGAAAAACUAUUGUACCAUUGAGAAAAAUGUUAUUAUAAAACUAUGAUAUAUUUUUCUAAUUCAAAAUAGUGUUUUGAUAUUUAAUUUUAUAGUCUCUCCAAGUGUUAGGAAUUGGUAAUGAAAAGUUAACCUCUAAUUAAAUUAAAGAAUAUCAAAUAUGAGUGAAAAAGAAAAUAACCCGUCAGAGAAAAAAGUAUGGACAGAAGCUGAAAGACUAGAGUUGAGUGCAAAGCUUGAUAGAGAACUUGAAGAUUAUAUAGAUAGUCUUGACAAAAAGGUUUAUACAGAUGGAUGGUCAGAAGAUCGAUGGCAAGAAGAAAUGGAAAAGCAUCCUUUUUUCAUGACAAAGAUGCCUGAAAAUCCAGCAGAAAUGUCUCCACUUUUAGAAGGACUUCAAUUAUUAAAAUAUAGUGAAGAAUAUAACACACCAAAUGAAUUAGCUCAAAGUUAUAAAGAAGAUGGUAAUUUUAAUUAUAAACAUAAAAAGUAUCGUUUAGCUAUUCUCAAUUUUUCAAAAGGGAUCUCAAAUAAAUGUGAGGAUAAAGAUUUAUUAGCUCAGUUGUAUAACAACAGAGCACUUGCUCAAUUCAAGUUGCAAAAUUAUCGAUCGAGUUUAAAUGACUGUAAGCAGGCUCUUAAUUUAAAACCAAAUUAUUUAAAGGCUAUGCAUACAGCAGCUAAAUGUUAUUAUUAUAUCAAAGAUUAUGAUCAGUGUAUAAGUUAUUGUGAUAAAAUUUUAAAUAUUGAAUCAAGUAUCAAGGAAUUAAAUAAAGAAAUUGUUACCUUGAGAACACAAGCUGUGAAAAGUAACAAAUUAAAAAUGAGAGAUUCAAGAUUGCAAGAUAUAAAGGAAAAAAAUAUUGACAAAACUAAAGAAAAAAUAAAAAAUAUCAUUAAAGCUCGAAAUAUAAAAUUAGAUUAUUCAGAUAUAUUUUACGAUAACCAACAUGUUCAUUUGGACGAUCGUGAUAUGUUAGUUUGGCCUGUAAUUUUUGCGUAUCCUGAAAACAAUCAGACUGAUUUCAUACAAAACUUUCAUGAAAGUACAUUGAUUUCAGAACAAUUAGAAGAACUUUUUGUUGAACCACCAGCAUGGGAUAGUGACAGACGAUAUCAAAUUAAAAAAUUACAUGUUUAUUUUGAAGGUAUCAAUAAGAAACCGUGUAGAAUAGACAUUGAUAAACCUUUAUGUGAAAUUUUGCAGGAUGAAAAAUUUAUAGUUAAAAAUGGUACACCAUGGUUUUAUGUUUUGGUAGCUGACAGUAGAGAAGAAACAGCAUUUUUGAAAAGUUACUUUUAGUAUUAAUAAUUAAUUUUUUUAUUAAUACAUAGAAAGUAAAAAAUAACUUUUGUAAUAAAUUUCUCUGCUCAACUGAAUUUUUAUAAACAAUUGAUUCUUGUAAAGUUUUUGCGUAAAAAUUACUUUAAUGACAAAUUAGAGUCAGUUCAAUAUAUGUUUGUUGUUGUUUAUAUUAUUUUUUAAAUCUAAAAUUUUAAUGGUUCAAAAUAAAAAUUAAAUUA